CGCGACCGCAAACCGAAACUGUACACUGACGACUGGGCUAUUGCCGAUGAAGAAAUCGAAGGGGGGCGACUCUUUCAACUUGAUGAUAAGUUGGAAUCGGAUCGCUAUGAACAGAAUUUUGUCAAAGAGAUGAAUGGCAAAGAUUUCACUGUUCAAUAUAUACAGCGCCAUGGAUUUAGUACUCCUGUCCUGUUUAAGGAGAAGUCUGGAUUGGGCAUGGUUGUGCCCAGUAAAAAUUUCUCUAUUAAUGAUGUGAGGACGUGUGUUGGCUCAAAAAGGAUGCUGGAUGUUAUGGAUGUGAAUACACAAAAGAAUUGUGAAAUGUCCAUGAAGGAAUGGCAGAGAUAUUAUGAAGAUCCUGACAAAGACAAGCUAUUGAAUGUCAUAUCACUUGAGUUCAGCCACACCAAGCUUGAGAAUUAUGUAAAAUCGCCUAGUAUUGUACGCCAGAUUGACUGGGUUGAUGUUGUGUGGCCCCGACAUUUGAAGUUACAACAGCAAGAAACAACAAAUGCCAUUGAUGAAAUGAUGUAUCCCAAAGUGCAGAAAUACUGUCUCAUGUCAGUAAAGGGGUGCUACACUGAUUUCCAUGUUGAUUUUGGAGGAACUUCUGUCUGGUACCACAUAGUGAAAGGCUCCAAGGUCUUUUGGCUAAUCCCUCCCACUGAGAGAAAUUUGAAUCUGUAUGAGCAAUGGGUUCUCUCAGGCAAACAGGGUGAUGUCUUCUUUGGAGAUAUGGUGGACAAAUGUGGGCGAGUGAGGUUGAAUGAGGGUAACACCUUCUUCAUCCCUUCUGGGUGGAUUCAUGCAGUUUACACUCCCUUGGAUUCAUUGGUCUUUGGAGGGAACUUCCUUCAUGCCUUCAGCAUUGAAAAACAGUUGCGGAUAGCCCAGGUUGAAGAUACAACACAUGUUCCCCAGAAAUUCAGGUACCCAUUCUUCACAGAACUGUUGUGGUAUGUCUUGGAGCGAUAUGUUCACUGUGUACUGGGUCGCUCACACCUUGAUCCAGACAUAUUAGAUGGAUAUCAGCACCCUAUGGCUGUAUCAGAUGAGCAUCUGCACCUCACUCCCCAGGAGUUGUAUGGUUUGAAGGCAAUUGUUAUGUAUCUUCAUUCUUUGCCUAUUAAUAAGAAGAAUGUACCCGAGCUGGUGCAGGAUCCCAUUCAGCUCAUUAGGGAUGUGAAAACAUUGGUAGAGAAACACCGCCACGAUUCACCCGAAAAGGCGGUCACAGGACGCGCCGUGCUGAGACUGCCCCAACAUGAUCGGAAGGACUCGAGCCGAGGCCACUCGUCGAGCGGCUACUCCAGGAGCUCCAUGCCACCGCCCAUGGCUCGCUCCUCGCACUCGUCCAACGGCUACUCGGACGACGAGGGCCCCAGCAGGCCGUCCAAGGCCCCCAAACUGAGCAGGCCUCUGCCGCCGCCCUCCACCUCGGCGCUGAGCGCCCAGCAGUCCAGCAGGGAGGGCCCGCGCAGGCGGCGCACGAGGUGCAAGCGGUGCGAGGCGUGCCAGCGGUCCGACUGUGGAGAGUGCACCUUCUGUCAGGACAUGGUGAAGUUUGGUGGCUUGGGCCGUGCAAAACAAACUUGUGUCAUGCGUCAGUGCCUUCAACCAAUGUUGCCUGUGACUGCCUCGUGUGCUGAGUGCUGCCUGGAUGGCUGGGGACAACGGCCAGUCAUACCUGUCCAGAAAAACCACCGUGACUCCCCAUCUUCACUGAUGGAGUGUAGUGUUUGCUAUGAAAUUGCCCAUCCAGAGUGUGUCAGAAAGAAGUUCCCAGACUAUGAAGGUGUUGUAAAUGAAGAUCUACCAAACAGCUGGGAAUGCCCUCGUUGCUGCCAAGAAGGGAAAAAUGUGGAAUACAAGCCUCGUCACUUCCGGGCAAGACAAAAGUCUUCAGAUUUUCGCAGAAUGUCAUAUGGAAGCGAGGGUAGCUCCAUGUAUGACUCCAAAAAGGAUAAGAGAGAUAUGGACAGUGAUGAUUCUGAUGAUGAAUUCAGCCGGCCAUCCACGCCACAACAUGACUUACCUUCUAAACGGUCAAAAUUGGAACCUAAAGUAGAGCCAAAACACGAACCUCUUGAUACUGGUGAUAGUGACAGUCAAAGUAGUGAUAAUGUUGACAUCAAACCAAAGAUGUCUCCUCACUCUUCUGUGGACUCACCAGCGACUCCUCCGUCACCCAGCAGCAGUAUAAAUAUGGACCCGCGGAAGCGAGCAGUGCUCUUGCAUCAAGCAAAGGCAAUGAAAAAGUCGGGCUAUGUUGUAAGGCCAAACCCAGGUGCCAAACCAAAUCCUUCCAAGGAUUCACCAUCUCCCAAGACGAUUGUGAAUUUGGCUAUGGAGAAGAGUGUUAUUCUUCCUGUCAUGGAGUAUUUGACACCACGCGAAAAGGUGGAGUGUGGACUUGUCUGUAAGUCUUGGGCACAAUUCAGCCUGGAUCCUUCUCUAUGGAAACGUAUGACAAUGGCGGCUCAGACUCUUACUGCAGGACAUCUUUCUGCCAUUGUACGUCGCCAGCCUGAGGCACUUGUCCUAGAUUGGACUGGUAUUGGCAAGCGACAAUUGGCCUGGCUCAUUAUGAGACUUCCUCAACUGCGUGAGCUCUCCUUGCAAGGAGUUAAUGUUCUUGGGGUGCAAGCAUUACGAACUUGUAUGUGCCCACCACUAUCAUUCCUUGACAUAUCCUUUGCUGGUGGUCUCAACGAUGCCACUCUUCGCGAAAUUCUAUCAGCACCUCCAGAUUCAAGACCUGGUCUUGUUGACACAAAAUCUAGACUAAGAAAUUUACGUACUUUGAAGUUGGCUGGAUCGGGUAUAACUGAUGUUGCUUUGCGUUACAUUACUCAACACCUUCCAAGGCUGUCUGUCUUGGAUCUUUCAUCUUGUACACGCCUGACUGAUGCCGGGGUUGCUCAGCUUACUACACCGCCAGCUUCAUCCAUUGAACUCCUUCAAUCUCUGGAUGUAUCAAACUGUCCCAGGAUUACUGAUGCAAGUCUUGAUCACCUAGUUCGAUGUGCCCAGUUAGGCCGCCUUGACCUACGCCACUCUCCUCUAGUAACUGCACAAGCAGUUCAAAAGUUUGUUAGCAGAUCAAAGUUGAACUUAAGAAUAUUGGAUGGUAAAUUGGUUUUACAUGCAUCACGCUAACUGAUUCAAUAUAAAGGUUAUUCUGAUUUUGUUUCUUUUAGCACUAUAUCUUUAGUGCUGUACUUGUGUCAGGUUCAUGAUUGUUUCUGGAACAGCCAUGUUACACAAGGAGUUAGAGGUGAAAUACAGCAGUCGAUGUCACUCAAUAUCUACUGUAUUUUCAAGAACAUAAGCUGUUGCUUUUUUGUGAAGGCAGUGUCUCAUAUUAGUGAUUUGUCCUUGUUUUUCGGUUGUCUCAAAAGGGGUGUAUACCGUGCAUACCCGGGCACCAUAUUUUGAAGCAUUUUAAGUUAGAUAAGACCAUCUCACCAUCAUGAGGCCCUGCUGGGAGCAAUAAGGGACAGCUUUUAUGCUGAUAGAUAUUGUAUUUCAUUGCUGAGACAAUCAUAGACGUACUGGCUUAUGUAUUUGGAAGUUUUCCUAUUUUACUCAGCCUUUGAAUUCAGUUUUGCAUUUUGCUUCUAUCAAUGUCCUUAACCCAAGCACUCUGUAUAGAAAAACACUGAAUUUUAGGUAGGGCUGAUAGUUCUUUUUAGUUAUGGUUUGAUUGGCAAGUGGCUUUUCUUGGUGAAAUUUCUGUGUGCCUCUCAAACCAUUAAAAAAAAUUAUAACUGGAAUAAGAUAAAAUGAAUUUGUUGUUCCUUACUACUCAGAACCUUUCUGUAUCCUAUGACAGGAAAGAUUGCUUGGCAAUGAUCUCAGUUAUGGGUUGUUGUACUUUUGAGAAGUCUGAAGUGUGAUUUACUGUAUAAUUUACUGUAUAAAUGUGUGUGGGUGUGAAUGAGUAUUUGCAUUGAAUGUGGUAUCAGUAAGAGUGCCUCUUAGUGCAGUUUUCACUUGAAUUGUAUGGUCAAUAUUUCUUGAAUUCGAGUGCUUGAUUUACAGUUCAUUAAUCUUAGGCUUACACUUAUAUUCUCCACUCUUGUCAGUAGUGUCAAGAAAAUCAAAGGAGCAAUGAGUUCUUUACAGUUAACUGGUUAUGGGGAAGAGAAAGUAUGAAGUAUUUUAUGAGUUACAGCAUUGUCUCCCCUAUUGUUUUUGUUGUAACAUGAGACUUACUCUUUAAUAUCUAUCUCUUUUUGUUUUACCAUCUCAUUUUUCCCUAUCCUGUUCCCAUGCGUACAAUUUUUUUUUAUUGCUUCAUUUUACACUUGAACUCUUUGACUUGAACAAGGUUUUAAUUACUCUUACUCUUGCUCAAUUUCUAAUGUAGAGAGGAUGAAUGUUCAUCCUGAUUAAUUUUUUAUGCUCCUAGAAUAAAUUUAAUAACUCAUUGUAGUUUCAUAUAAAACAUUAUAAAUGUUAAAGAUUUUCCUCACCCUUUUCUUAUCUUCUCUUCUACAUGUUUGAAAAUUUAUUCAUUAGGAUAAUUAUGUCUUAGUAAAGAGUAUAUAAACAAAUAGCUGUUGCUAUAUUUCUAGAGUAAGUUGUUUUGUUUUUGUAGGACUCGCUGUAUCCCUGUAGUUCUACCGUAUUCUAUUUGUUUUUGUUUUUUUUUCCUUUGAUUCAUCUGAUAUUAAUUUAAUGUGGAAAGUUCUGCAUGCUACCAUCGGAAAGGUCCAGAAAUGCUAAAUUUAUACCUUUUUUGUUUUUGUUUUUUGGUGGUAUGCUACCAUACAUAAUAUUUCUUCCUGCCUUUUUUUUUCUUUGUCAUGCAAGUACCUGAAUCCUGCUGUUUCAUUAAAUUUUCCCAGACCCAGAGCUGAUGCUUCUCUUCAUUUGCUUAUCUUUCUUAAAUUAAUUCCAGCAUUCAGCAGAUUUUAAAAUCUUUCAUCUUUGAUUUAAGUGAGUCUCCAACAUUGUUUAGUUCCUUCAAUCUUUGUUCAGUUUUAUCCAUAAUUUUCUUUAUUGUAUUGUUGACUCAUUUAAAUCUUUGAGGUCACCAAUAUCUAAAUUGAUUGUAGCUUUACUUCACUUAAAUCCACACGGUGUGGUAAGUGUGGUGUAACUCCUAUCUUUAUCAGUAACUAAAAUUAGUGGCGGCUUAGUUGAAAGCUUUAGUGAAAUGUUCGAUCUGGAACAUUCUCUCUUGAGUUACUGGUUAUUUGUAACCCCCCUUUGACUAAGUUAUUGCCUUUGAGAUGUUUCCUCAAUGUGACGUGCUUUGCAGCUUCAAUGAUAGUGCUUUUUGUUUUUGUUUUCAUGUGUAUUACUGCACUUUGUCAAUUGUUAUGGUAAUGCAAUCAUUCCGAUCUUUUCUGUUUAGACGGAAAUUGCCUCAGUGUGCAAUAUAAUCAAUUUCCCUGACCAUUACGUUGUGUAAUUUAACAUUAAAACUAGUCUCAAGCUCAUGGUGUAGAUGCCUCCUCACUAUCCAAAUGGAUUGAAAGGAAUCCCCACCAUGAGUGUUCGUGUGAAUAAGUGGAAGAGUGAGGUACACUCUUUGAGCAAAAUGUAGUGUAAAUAAAUUUAUAUUAUAUACAAGAUAUAUCUAUACAUACUCUUCAUGUAUAAUCUAAAAAUUAAUCUCCAAAAUUCUAAUUUUAAAAUUGAGUCUUUGAUUUUUCUUCAGUAUUAAUUUAUUUGAAAUAAAUCUGAUCUAGCAAGA